UGUACCCUUAGACGACGUAGUGAAGAAGCACAACAGACCCUUGUCAAUGGCCUGCAAGAAAGUGGACUCCAUGCAUCCCUCUCUAUCUCCUCAGCACCUUGCCCAAUGUCACACCCCUCCAAGAGGCUGUCAAUGCCAGUACCACCUGCAAACUCUAUGACAAAUAAUAAUAUAAAUGAAUCUUACAGUCGUGAAGUUACUGACAGUGAAAACCAAGUAACAGGAUCAGAAGCUAAUGGUCCCAGUGGUUUGCAUAAAGAUGAAAUACAGAGAACAUUGGGCAGAAAACAAGCUGAGCCUACCUUCAAGAGGGUUAAGACAGAAAGCAGCUUUGAAGAAAAAGCAGCAGGAUCUUCAGAAGAAUUAUCACAGAUUAAGGAAAAGAGUGAGUCUUAUAAUCUUCCCCCUGAUGCUGAGAGCAUGGAAGCUGAAGCCAUUGAAGACGGUAGUGACAGCAGCAGUAGUAGUAGCAGCAGCAGUAACUCUGAUAAUGCCAAGACAGAGGUCAUGGAUUCAAGAGAAGCAGAGGCUACUUGCCAAACAGUGAAAAGUAAUAAUAAGGAAGCCAAAUCAUUUCAUGAUAGACUUGGUCAACAAGUAGGAACCAGUGAGUUUAUUAAAGAGGAUUCCACUCAACUAACAAAGGACAUUAGACACAAAGUUCAGGUUCAGGAAGAUACUUCAUUGUCAUUAUCCCCAGAAGUGUGUUCUUCAAACAGUUCCAGUAGAGGUGGAACAAAAAAGCUUGAGGAGCAGAUUGACACACCUGGUUCAUUAUCAACUUCUGUACCAACUAAAAAUGCUGAGGGAAGUCCAGAUUCUGUCGAAGGCACUUCAGGAAUAAAUCAUCAGCAACAGGAACAGAUGAAAGAAUCACCUCAGGUAAGGUCUUUUCAGAUCCUAAUUAACUGUUUUGAAAACUUUUACUGCUGUACAUAAUUAUGUUUACAAAUCGUCUUGAUAUUUCUGAAUAUUUGCUAGCUAGCCUUUCAAUUCUGCCAUUUUCCUUACACAUAAUGUGGAGAUAAUCAAUAGCUAGGAUAAAGAUAAUCCAGUGUUGAUAAUGGCCAGUAACUAGAAUAUUAAAGAUGAUGCAAUGUUGAUGAAUAAAAAAAAACUGUGAAGAUGCUUUUGU